AUGGCGCUUCGUGCGACGCCUGUAAUGCGGCAGGGCUCGCCGCCCGAGCUCAUGUACGGGCUCCUGCGCUGGAGCAAGAGCGCGCGUGCGCAAGCCCCGAAUGUGGCGGUGGCGCAAGGCCAGGCGCCGGAGGCUAACCUUGCAAAGAAAGCGUUCCAGCACUGGCGCAAUGCUGACACAGGUCGCUGGAACCCACCUCAAUACUCGCUGCGUCGCCAGGCCCAGUUGGUUCGUGCUGCACAUGAAACAGGCAUGCUUGAUGCCGUCGUAGCAAGUCCCAAAUAUGCGCGGUUUGCACGCCGCCUCGAGGAAAUGCCGACGCAUGAGGUAUUCACAGGCUUCCCUACGAUCACAUGGCCGACAUUGUCGUCGCGUGAAGACGCUCAAGAAGCCGAUCGUAUUGCACGUACGUUCCACGCGCAUGGACCGUAUGCAGGCCGUGCUACGUCGCGUAUGUUUAAGGGCAAGAAGGGCGAUCGCGUGAAGCACGCUCGUCGACGACGUGUCGAGGAAAAUAUGCGCACGAUGCACGAGACCAUCGACGAAUGGCGCAAGGAAAAAGCGGCAGCCCGGGCGAAGGCCAAGCCCAUCUCUCCCUUGUAG